AAGCGCUGGAGAGACGCGCGCAGGCGCUCCGGCCGGCCCCCGCACGCAGGCGCACUGCGAACGCCGGCAGAGCUGAGUCUUGCUUCUCGGUGCGCGGUGGCGGAGAGCGAGGCCUGGUGAGCACCGCCUAGGCGCGAGCCAGCUCUUCGAGGUUGGGCGCGGGAGUGGCACGGCGGGCGGGCCAGCGAGGGGCUCACUUCAGCGGUGGCACCGGGAUCGGUUGCCGUGAGCCUGAAAUCAUGACCACCCCAGGAAAAGAGAACUUUCGCCUGAAGAGUUACAAGAACAAAUCUCUGAAUCCCGAUGAGAUGCGCAGAAGGAGGGAGGAAGAAGGACUGCAGUUACGCAAGCAGAAAAGAGAAGAGCAGUUAUUCAAGCGGAGAAAUGUUGCUACAGCAGAAGAAGAAACAGAAGAAGAAGUUAUGUCAGAUGGAGGCUUUCAUGAGGCCCAGAUCAAUAACAUGGAGAUGGCACCAGGUGGUGUCAUCACUUCUGACAUGAUUGAAAUGAUAUUUUCCAAAAGCCCAGAGCAACAGCUUUCAGCAACACAGAAAUUCAGGAAACUGCUUUCAAAAGAACCUAACCCUCCUAUUGAUGAAGUUAUCAGCACACCAGGAGUAGUGGCCAGGUUUGUGGAGUUCCUCAAACGAAAAGAGAACUGUACAUUGCAGUUUGAAUCAGCUUGGGUACUGACAAAUAUUGCUUCAGGAAAUUCUCUUCAGACCCGGAUUGUGAUUCAGGCAGGAGCUGUGCCAAUCUUCAUAGAGUUGCUCAGCUCAGAGUUUGAAGAUGUCCAGGAACAGGCAGUCUGGGCUCUUGGCAACAUUGCUGGAGAUAGUACCAUGUGCAGAGACUAUGUCUUAGACUGCAAUAUCCUUCCUCCUCUUUUGCAGUUAUUUUCAAAGCAAAACCGCCUGACCAUGACCCGGAAUGCAGUAUGGGCUUUGUCUAACCUCUGUAGAGGGAAAAGUCCACCUCCAGAAUUUGCAAAGGUUUCCCCAUGUCUGAACGUGCUUUCCUGGUUGCUGUUUGUCAGUGACACUGAUGUACUGGCUGAUGCCUGCUGGGCCCUCUCAUAUCUAUCAGAUGGACCCAAUGAUAAAAUUCAAGCAGUCAUUGAUGCGGGAGUAUGUAGGAGACUUGUGGAGCUGCUGAUGCAUAAUGAUUAUAAAGUGGUUUCUCCUGCUUUGCGAGCUGUGGGAAACAUUGUCACAGGGGAUGAUAUUCAGACACAGGUAAUUUUGAAUUGCUCAGCUCUGCAGAGUUUAUUACAUUUACUGAGUAGCCCAAAGGAAUCUAUCAAAAAGGAAGCAUGUUGGACAAUAUCUAAUAUUACAGCUGGAAAUAGGGCACAGAUCCAGACUGUGAUAGACGCCAACAUUUUUCCAGCCCUCAUUAGUAUUUUACAAACUGCUGAAUUUCGGACAAGAAAAGAAGCAGCUUGGGCCAUCACAAAUGCAACUUCUGGAGGAUCAGCUGAACAGAUCAAGUACCUAGUAGAACUGGGUUGUAUCAAGCCGCUCUGUGAUCUCCUCACAGUCAUGGACUCUAAGAUUGUACAGGUUGCCCUAAAUGGCUUGGAAAAUAUCCUGAGGCUUGGAGAACAAGAAGCCAAAAGGAAUGGCACUGGCAUUAACCCUUACUGUGCUUUGAUUGAAGAAGCUUAUGGUCUGGAUAAAAUUGAGUUCCUACAGAGUCAUGAAAACCAGGAGAUCUACCAGAAGGCCUUUGAUCUUAUUGAGCAUUACUUCGGGACCGAAGAUGAAGACAGCAGCAUUGCACCCCAGGUUGACCUUAACCAGCAGCAGUACAUCUUCCAACAGUGUGAGGCUCCUAUGGAAGGUUUCCAGCUUUGAAGCAAUACUCUGCUUUCACGUUCCUGUGUCAGACCAGGAUACCUAGUCGAGUCCUCUUGUGGAGCCCACAGUCCUCAUGGAGCUAACUUCUCAAAUGUUUUCCAUAAAACUGUUUGCGCUCAUUUGCUUGCCUUGCGCACCUGCUCUCUUACACACAUCUGGAAAACUUCCGGCUCUCUGUGGUGGAAUACCCUUCUAAUAAAAGGGUGACCAGAACGGCCCACUCUCUUGUGGAAAAAUCCCUAGGCUUUGGAGAUCUGCACUUAUAUUAGAGUUAUGGGAAUAUAUACAUAUUAAUGUGGCUCCCUUUUUCUUGUGGGGGAAUAAAAGAGGACUCCUCCUUAUUCCCUUUAACAUGGGGGAAAAAAACUGACAUUAAAAGAUGAGACUAAAUCUUUAUCUUGAAUUUUACACAACUACUUAUGACAAGGGAGAUGUUUAGACUUGUUGUGUAUACUUCAGAGUACUUUUCAUGAGUUCUUCCACAGUGAACCUUUGGAUUACCUGGUGGCUUUUUCUAGCCAGAUUUGCAUUAAUCCUUACUGAGAAUGGAUGGUUUUCUUUAUUGGCGCCAUUCUUCAGAUAUUAAAGUUAAACCAUCCACUUCCUCACCUUCAGCCUUCAGUGAAUGUGCUUUCUAGUUGUCAGGAAUGCUGAAGAAUUAACACUUUGACUCUUAAAUGUGAUACUGGUUUGCAGAUUCCCUUAGAGCAGAAAGGAGAGGGGCACGUGUUAAUUUGUAUUGCUUUUGCUUCUCUUUGGUCUUUGUGUCUUAGGAUUUGGAAGUGAUUCAUUUCUAUUGCUGGUAUGAGGAUUUCGAAUACUUAGUAAUCGAAAACCAUAUCCUAUAAUUUAAUAAAAAAACGAAUGAAGAAAAAACGCUCCAGUUUUCCCAGAUGCAACCAGUGUGACUAGAGGGUGUGUUUCUACAUUAAAACAAAUGUUUCAGGCUUUGUGGUCCUGAUCAAGGUCCUCGUUAAAAAAUUGGAGUUCACCCUAGGUGCUUUUCCCUUCUGUGACUGGCAAAUAACACAUACUUUUGGAAGUAACUUAGGGAUUUUUUUUCUUAGGUGCAGCUAGAUUCUAAUGUUUUCAUGCUGCACAUGAUUCCUUUAAUGUAGCAUUCUUAUCUGAAAAAAAUAACCAACUUCUCAACAUGACCUGCUUAACCCAAAUAAGGACAGUAGUCUUUUCUUACAACCUCAUUGUUCCCUAAUAAUUUAAUUUCAUCUCCUGCUAGUACUGUGCCGCUUCCCCUUACCCACUCUUGCAAAAUAAAAACAGUAUCCGCCUUCUGGCUCAUUUAAUGAUGACUGCAAUCUGUACCUGCAAAUGACGCUUCCAGUACUGUGUUCAAUGAUCCACAUUUGUUCUUGGACUGGAAUGAAAAAAUAUGCUUAAUUGCCAAGAGAACUGCAAAUGAGUUCAAUAUGACUUCUCGGUGCCAGUUGGCCAUCUUGACUCAAUGUUGGGAUACACUACCAGAGAAGAUUUUUUUGUUGAUGUGCUGUUCAGAAUGAAUUCUGAAGGAAAAGUUGCUCACCUCUGUUUCAGAGCAUAUCCUUGUAAACCUUUUUAGACUUGUCCUCUUCUAGAAUUCAUUAAAACCCCAAAGUGUAAAAACUAUUCGGAAGUUGCCCCUGACAAGCUAUUAUACAUCUCUGGUAAAUCCUGCUGAAUGUAAGGGAUAUUCAGAGCUUUCAUACCUCAUCACGAUGUUAUUUAAGCAGCCAACUUAUGUGACCUGAUUUAAACUUUUAAAAAAUCCACUUCAUUCAAGCUAGAGUCAAAGACAAAGGACAUUUGUCAGCCAAGAGUGUGACGCAUUCUUCGCAUCUAGUCUGUGGUAGUGUCUGUGAUCUGGGAUGGAUACCGUCUGAUGUCUGUUUGUUAUUGAUGGAGCAGCCACUGCAAAACUAGUCAACUUCCAUCUAUAACUGUUACUUUUUUUAGUGCUGCUUUGUGCUGAGAGAACAUUUUAGUUUACUGCACUUGACCUGUAAAAGACUUCGAAUCUUUGUAAUUUUAGGGAUAAAUUAGGUGGUUAAUUUAAAGAAGAAAUUUCAAUGUUGCCUUUACAUCACAUUAAAAUAUAACUUCUUUCAGAAGGGUAAUAGAAGCACUGAUUCAUAGUAAAAAUCUUGUUUUUAGCUUUGACUUUUUUGUGGCUGUUUUUUUAAAUUGUAAAUUACUAGUAACAUGUCAUUUCUAUAGGAUGUUUUAAAUUAUGUACCCUCCAUUGGAUCGUGAAAAUAUUCAUUUUAUAAACCAAUUUGAGUGGGAAAAAUAUAAAGCACACAGUUGUCUCCCCACAUCAGGAAAAGUAGUGUGCAUUAGGAAUUUUUGCUAGUAGUUGGAGAUGUUUCAGUGAAUGAAUUAAAACAAAGUCUAUUUAACUGACGUGAUCUAUUUUGUGUCUAAAACAGAGGAAUUUAUCUUGUCCUAGAAGUUCAUGAACUGUAAGAUCUAAGUUUUUUUUUUUUUUUUUUUUUUAAAAAAAAACAAAGUGAUUUUUUUCUUAAAGCAUCAAAGUUGGAAUUGGCUAAAAGUUAAAUAGCAUAAUUAUACUCAGGUAUGUUGGAACUUGGUACUGAAGCAGGCUUUUUGGUGAUGGAAAUGACAUUUUAAGGGGCAGCUGUAAAUCUUGUUUUUAAUUCUUUGCCUGUCAAAUUUUGCUAACUUAAAUUCAUUGAAUACCCUACCACUAAGGUGUUGCUCAUUACAAAAGCAUGUUAAUUUCAAUACAUGAAAACCCUUUUGGAGUUUUUUUACAUGGAUUGGGGAAAGUGGCUUUGUUUUACCUUUCCUUUUUUUUUUUUUUUUUUAAACCCCAUCCUCUAAACUUCCAAUCUAUAUUCUUUGUAAUGAGAACCUUGGUGGGGGUCGGUGGGGAGAAGCAUUAAGGAAUUUUGGAUGUAUAGGCAUUUGGUAUCUGAUGGACCAGCAGGUAGAUGUGGUUGGAUUGAGAAAUUCUGGGGAAGGUAGAUGACAGGUAAGAAGAAAGGAGAGAUUUAGGAGACAGAGUUAUCUGUGGAACACUUUCUUUCAUGUUCCUGUCAUUAACUAAUCAAGACCCUUUUAAACACUUACCUUUAUCAGUUCUGCUUUUGAAAACUCUCUUGCCCUAGGAUUGUUUCUUCCAUGUACCAGAUGAAGCUGAUUGGCUGUGGGUCAUUUUCAGCAUUAUCAUCCCAGAGAAAAAGAUUGGCAAUUAUCUUAUAAAAAAUCUGAGUUAUUCCAGGUUGCUGCUGAUUUUUGCUUAAGAAACAAUAUGUAAGUAUAUUUUAUAAACCAAACUUUGUCAACUAAAUCUUCUAUUGUACAUGUCUACCCACAGGUAACUUUGAAUUUACUUCUCUAGUGCAAAAUAAACAUUUCAGCUCUUUAAUCUCCCAACUUGGGGAUGCGUUAUGAAAA